AUGGCUUUCAUCCAGUGGAGACGCUUCAACUUCUUUGACAAGGAAGCGGUGAAGGAACCAGAAGGAAAUACUGUUUUUGACAAGCUUGCAGAUGUCAAUAUUGCAGCGGUUGCCAGUGGGCGUGGUCAGAUCGUCGUUGGCGACCAUGAAGGGGUGUUGUAUUUCAUCACACGACAGUUGCAGAUGUCUGCCUUCAAGGCGUACGAAAUCAGAGUCUCUCAUAUAUUCCAGAUGAAGCAGCACAACCUUCUCCUAACUAUCGGGGAAGAUGAACAAGGAAUCAACCCGUUGAUUAAAGUAUGGAACUUGGAGAAGAUGGAGAAGGGAAGUCCAGUAUGCACGAGGAUUGCAAGAGCCAUACCAGGAAACAAACCUACUCCUGUCACAUGUUUCACCGUCCAUGAAAACCUCAACUGGAUGGCCAUAGGGUUUGAGAACGGUAGCGUAGUCCUGCUGAAAGGGGAUGUGACAAGGGACAGGCACAGUAAACAGAGAGUAGCCUACGAGACAAACAAGCCUAUCACAGGUGUCCAUUUCAAAAGUAUGGGAAAAAGCGUGAUCCUUUUUGCAAUCACCGAAUCCAGCGUUAUGACCAUCAAUGUCACAGCAAGCGAUCAAAAGACGGAGCUGGAUAAGAUUGGAUGUGCUCAGGGCUGCUCUGUUAUGAGUGAUAUCAGUCAGGAAAACCAGCUGGUUGUCGGCAGACAGGACGCGGUGUAUUUCUACCAGCAUGAUGGGCGUGGACCCUGUCUGGCGUUUGAGGGGGAGAAGGUCUUACUCCAGUGGUUCAGAGGUUAUUUAGUUGUUGUGGGGAAGGAGAAUAAAACCAUGCCAAGGGCUGCAGCCAUAGCUGGUCAGUCCAGGGAGAUGAAUAUUGUGACUGUGUAUGACAUACAGAACAAGUUUAUAGGUUACUCAGCUCCGUUCCCGGAAGUGGUGGAUGUGGUCAGUGAGUGGGGCUCCCUCUAUGUGGUCUGUGGGGAUGGCAAGAUGUUUCACCUCCAGGAAAAAGACACGCAGACAAAACUGGAGAUGCUGUUCAAGAAGAACAUGUACAUGCUGGCUAUCAACCUUGCCAAGAGCCAGCAGUACGACCAGGAAGGCCUGAUUGACAUCUUCACCCAGUACGGUGACCACCUCUACGGGAAAGGGGACCAUGACGGUGCCAUUGACCAGUACAUCAAGACCAUUGGCAAACUGGAGGCUUCCUACGUCAUCAGAAAGUUCCUGGAUGCUCAGAGAAUCCACAACCUGACCAAGUACCUACAGGCGUUGCACAAGGCUCAGCUGGCGACGGAAGAACACACAACGUUGCUGCUCAACUGUUACACCAAGCUCAAAGAUGUCUCCAAACUCGACGAAUUUAUUAUGACCAAAGACCGUGAGGUGGACUUUGACGUAGAAACGGCCAUUAAGGUGUGUCGUCAGGCCGGGUACUUCAAACACGCCCUGUUUCUGGCAGAGAAGCACAACAUCCACGAGUGGUACCUGAAGAUCCAGCUCGAGGACAGCAAAGACUACACCAAGUCCCUGGAGUAUAUCGGCAAACUAAGCUUCCUCGAAGCUGAGUCCAAUCUAAAACAAUACGGUAAAGUUUUGAUGAACGAAGCCCCAGACCAGACGACAGAGCUUUUGAAACGACUUUGUACAGAUUAUCGGCCUUCUGAUCAACCUUUGGUGGAUCAGAAUGUGUUAGAAGGAGGUAUUGCCAAGAUUCAGAAAGCAAGUGCAGAAGAAUUCAUCCAUAUUUUUGUCAACAAUUCCAAGAAGUUGACUGAAUUUUUAGAACAUAUGGUGCGGGUUCAGCCCAGCUCUCCUUGUCUGGUCUACAACACCCUUUUAGAACUCUAUCUACAGGAAGUCACACAUGAGCAGAAUAUCACGAAGCGCACAGAUAAGGAGAGGAAAACAUUAGCUCUUCUACAAAAUCCAGAUGCAGGUUAUGAUUUGGACCAAGCCCUUGUUCUCUGUCAGAUGAACAAUUUCAAAGCUGGAAUUCUUUACCUGUAUGAAAAAGCUCAGCUGUAUCAGCAGAUUCUGCGCUACCAUAUGGAACAUGAUGAACAUUCUCAUGUUAUUGACGCUUGUAAACGCUUCGGAUCACAAGAUCCAAAUCUGUGGGUACAGGCCUUGGCGUACUUUGCUCGGAAAGAAGACAACUGUAAGACUCAACUGAUGGAAGUCCUUACUCAUAUUGACAAGAAGAAUUUAUUACCUCCCUUGUUGGUUAUUCAGACUCUGGCUCAUAACUCUACAGCCACACUAUCCGUGGUCAAGGAUUAUAUCAUCCGAAGGCUACAGAUGGAGAAUGACCAGAUAUCAGAAGAUGAGCGAUUGAUUCGGCAAUAUCGCGAGGAUACCGAGAGGACAAGAGCACAGAUUGAGGAGCUUAAAACUUCAGCCAAGAUUUUCCAGGCAUCUAAGUGCAGUAUUUGUAACCACCCACUGGAAGUCCCGUCUGUCCACUUCCUGUGUGAACCACACUCCUAUCACCUACACUGCUUCGAGAGUUACGCAGAAAAUGAGAACGAGUGUCCUGCCUGUAUGCCAGAGAACAGGAAAAUCAUGGAUUUCAUCCGAGCUCAGGAACAGAGCAAAGACCUGCAUGAAUUUUUCCAUAACCAGCUUGAGCGGGCUCCAGAUGGGUUUUCUGUGGUAGCUGAAUACUUUGGCAGAGGUGUCUUCAACAAGGUAACUGUGGUAACAGACACACCUACAGUCCGUCAGAAAUCAGUUACAAGAGAUGACUACAACACAGAUCUUAAUCCGUUCUCGUGAGCAGUGAAAGUAACCAUCCAAUUACUUGUACAUGCACCCUUAUCAUCAGAAUUGUGUAUAAUUUGGUCUUGUAUUGUAACGAAGAUGUGCUCAUUUGGUGACAAGUUUCACUCUGUAAAUUUCGCUAUCUGUUUUUUUUUUUUUUUCUUUUUUCAUUACCUGAUAAGGAAUUUACCCCCAAAAAAUGAAAUCAUGCCCUAAAAGGUUUAAAUGAUGUACACGUUUAAAUGAUGUCCACUUUUAAAUGACGUACAUGUUUAAAUGAUGUACAUGUUUAAAUAAUGUACAUGUUUAUGGAUUUAUUCUGAAUGCCAAUACUUCCGGACUGAUCGAGACAUAGGCCAACAAGCAAAAUAUGUAGGAAUAUGCAGAAGAUCAAGUAUAUUGUAAUGACAUGGUUAGACAUGGUUAGAUAUGAUGAAGAUCCUGUACCUGUUCUGCAAAGCGACGAGAAAUAUUGACAUGCUCACACAUGAGAUAAUAUCUACACUAACCGAUCGAUUUAAUGUCCAGAUUAACAAGAUAGGUGCCAAAGAGGCAUACAGUCCAUUCUUUUUCUAACAUUAACAUUAAUUAACAUUAAGUUAAGCAUAAAACUGAAGGACUGUGUCAGUUUAUCAUAUAAUGUAUGUAUGUACAUGUCUGAAAUAUAUGUA